UACAAAAUGGAGAAUCCUGGGAAGGACCACGAAGAUGCGCUCAAGGAUGUUGAAUUCAGGGAGCAACCCGGUCGUGUGGAUCUCAACCGGCUAUUGGAAAUAGCAAACACUGAGAAAGGCACUUUUCAAAUGCAGUCCUUUGUGAAGCAAUGGGAAUACAAGAGGGCCAACACUGCCCGGCUCCUGAAGGAAGAGCUCGGUCGUCUUUCCCAGCAGCGAAAAGAGAUUGAGCAAAAGAAGCAGCAAAUGCUAGAGGAGGGCGAACGUCACAAUGCCCUGAAGUGUUCGAGCCAAGAGAGUAGUGACCUUUCUCAUGACCAGGAGCUUGAAGAUGAUGCAGAGUAUGACACUGUUUCCUACUGGAAACGGCGAGCGCUGCGGUCGGAGAAAGCGCACGAGGCAGACCUGCAAAGGGAGCGUUCCUUGGAGGAGAAGCUGGAGGAGUAUAUGAAGAAAUUUCAGCCAGAAACACCGACCGAGGAAUUCUCUGCGAUGUUAAAACGGGCAGAUUAUUUCUUGCACCUGAUUCUACAAAGUGCUCCCAUUGUAAUUGCUCAUCAGGAUGCUGAGUUGCGAUACCGCUACAUAUUUAAUCACUUUCCGACACUUGCAGAUGAGAUGAAUGCUUUUGCCACUGAUUUUUCCGCUCCCCAUUGUGCACUGCUCUCUAAUCUUAAACUUCAAGUUGUGAUUUUUGGCUGGAUCACAAUUUGUUUUCAGGAUGUUAUUGGUAAAACAGAUCAUGAGAUAUUGUCAGAAGAGGGUAUAGACGAGAUGAAUAAGGUCAAGAGAGAGGUUAUGGCCAAGGGUAUACCUACUAAGAGAGAGUUUGUAUUUGAUACUCCAUUGUUUGGACCAAAGACUUUCGUCGUAUACAUUGAACCGGUCUUCACCAAGUCCGGGGAAACAAUUGGUGUGAAUUAUGUUGCAAUGGACAUCACAGAUCAGGUCAAAACAAGAGAGAAAAUGACAGAUAUAAGGGUGAGAGAAGCUGUUCAAAAAGCCAAGGAAACAGAGCAUAGCAAAUCACUUAAUAUUACAGGUUUAAUGGUAUACUGA